AUGGCGCUAGUGGGUUAUGAGAGUAGCGACGAGGAAGAAGAGGUUGAACAACAGCCCGAACCAAAGUCACUGAAACAAACUCAAGAUACUACCUCCCACACAAAUGAGAAGCCGAACGAUAUCCCAGAAAAGCCAAGUGCUCCGAUACAAAAGUCCGAUGAGCAACAGCCAGCUAUUAUCGGACCCCAGAUAGGUCCAAGUGCAAUCACAGGGCCUAGUUUCCCUCCGUUAGAAGAAGCACCCAUGGAUGAUGACGACGACGCCAAUGGACCGGGCUUACCACCGGGAUCUCCAUACACGGCGACACGCGCAUUGCUGCGGGAUCUCACACUACCGACUGUGCCGAACACAGAAAUCCCUCCGGAGCCGCCCGGUGAACCACCAGCCGCACUAAGUGCCAAAUUCGAGCGCUUUCUCGAGCUCAAGAAGCAAGGCGUGCACUUCAACUCCCGAGUCGCGGCAAACCCAGCCUUGCGCAAUCCGGCUCUGACAGACAAACUUCUAAGCUUCGUCGAGCUUGGCAGUCCUGUUGAUCAAUACCGCACCACCUUGUCUGCGGACAUAUGGGACCCAACUGCCUUCCCUCGUCACGCAUAUAAGGAACAACUUAAGCAGAGCCAGGCCGAGAUCGAGAAGGCGAGGGCGAGGAAUAAAGGAGCGCCUGUCGAGUUUGUCGCUGCGACUACUUCAGCCAGUAAUGACCAGGCGAUACAGCAGAAACCAAGUGUUGGAAAGCGGAAGACGAGAUUUGAUGCGUAA